AUGCCCCUGGGACUAGCGAGCACUCUGCCUCUGGGCAAUGGUCGGGUUUUGUGCUCAUUUAAACUAAACGACACCGUCCGCGCCCUGGUCAAACUCUACGACGAUGUUGCCGAAUUCAAUUUCCUAAUCGAGUACUUGAAACUUAUUCAAUCCGUCACCAAUGACCGCGUGCGCUUAUCACCACAAAAGUACGAAACCAUAAUAUGCGCCCCUCUUCAUGCUCUAUCUUGGCCUCUGGUGGAAAACCAGGGCGACGGGGUUGGCCGGUUCUGUGAAAUAUUUUACCGACUUACAGCAGAUAUUUUCCGACAGUUCAAACUGGACAAAAACGGUGCAGGACCACGUUUAUUCAUUCCAUUCACGUUUCACAGCAUGUGCGUGCCACCGAAAAAUGGCCCUCUGGAAAAUCAAGGUCUCAUAAUAGCGUAUACUGCGUCACAUCACCUCUCCUACAGCAAUGUAUUGAAUUCCAACGUAUUCCGGACCGUAGUGCGGGAGGUGUCCAACCAAAGAUCGCUCAGUGUUCCAUCGCGAGUGCCCCCGACCUCAGACAGCAGUUUAUCCGACAAUCACAGUCUCCUUUCAGACCACUCGGAAUUAUCUACAGGCUCAAAUGGUCGUUGGCUCUCACGGGAGACCCUGUGCGAACAGCAGCACGCGAAGACCUGGCACUCAUCUCCCAGUCUUGUCUGCAAGGAGGAAUAUCCCGAAUCGACGGUUGGACAAGCAUAUACUUUUGACGGACCGUCCCCCUACAAAACGAACACCUUGAAUUUCCUUGAAAAUGAAGUAGUUUGCUACCAGCCGCAGGCCUUGAUGACCUGCAGUGUUAGUUCUCUGGAAGGACUUGGUGAAGACAUUGUUGCGCAAGAAUGCCUCCUAAGUUACGGGUCUCUGCGGUCGCUCACAGUUACUGUGGCAAAGAUAGUGAGCGAUUGUCAGACCAAAGUUGUUUGGACGAGGGGACCCCCCAGUCAGUUUUCGAACAUUGGGCAAAAUGAAUCUCACAACUCCAUGUACCGUCCACCUGGACAUCGGGGCAGUUUAAAUAUUCUAGAGCAAAGGCUGUGCCUGAAUGAUUUAAUGAAAAUUGCUACACGCGUUAGGCUCCAUAACGGGGAAAAUGGCGGCGAGGUUCCUUUGCCGGCUGCUUCCAUGCGAUUCGUAAUAAAACCCUUGGAGAUUGGAAAGGUAAGACCAAGAUUUACCUCUUAACAUUGAAUAAACAUUGACGAACACCUUUUAUAAUUUCAAACGCAAAACGAAUUUAGUAACGCGUGCUAAUACGACAAAUAACUUUAAAUCGUUUCACGCAUGGUCGACAAAAUAUUCGUAAUUACAGCAAUUUUUGGGAGCCUGCAUAAUUAGUCCUGUCGUCCAGUAUCCGCAGAUUUAUUUGUGUCGCUUAGGAAAUCUUAUAAACAGCAGACAUAAAGGGGUAAGUGAAUCCUUUUUAGAGAAAGUACAGCACAUGCAGUCGCGUCACCUCUCCACUGUUAUAUCACUUGAAAUUCUUCGAAAUUAACGACUCUGGUAUUUUGGUGAUACCUACCCCUCAAGCUUUCUUGGCUUCUUCAUGUUGACUGGUACUAAAAUGGGGUGUUUAGACUGAAAGUCCACUUCCACUUUCUGCUACUCAACCAUUAAUCUAGCGUCUCAUAGAUCAUGCAUUCUUCCUACUGCCUAUUGCACGUUCUCUCUCGGCCCCAUUCUCUCGUUGCUCUCCAACGCACCAGCCGACUUUCCAAAUAUUUCUGCAGCCUGGCAAUGAUGUUGAGCGUCAUGUGGUGAAAGAUGCCGUCAGCCUACGGCACAGGCGCGUGAAGCAGCAGUAGUUAAAAAUACACGCAGACAUCUCACUGCUCGAAUAAAGUUUGCCAAUUUUGACCGCUUUUGGCUCAACACAACAGAUUCUGGCCGCUGACCUCCCUUAGUAAGCCUUGGGGUGUGUCCCUGAUUGUGCCGUCAUGAUCAUGAUCAUUAGCUGAGAGAAGUCUAUUGCUAAACUCUGUUCUCGAUGCUCAAAGCAAGUCUCUUGCAGGCUGAGACGACCGCUCCGCUGCUGGAUUCGCAUGAGAAUAAUUUUAUUUCCAGAAGCGAUGAUAAGUAUGUCGUUUGUGCCUCGGAAAGGUUGACGUAGGCUGUAAUGUUACCGGUCAAGUUGAACUGUUGGAUGUUUUUAUUGUUAAAGAUUGCAUUCUUCCCAUAAGGUGCCAACAGGCAAACUUGACGAUUAUAAUUAUAGACUAUCCCAUUCUGACUUUUCUAUGGGAAAAGAAAAAAAAUGUUUCCAGCGUAUUUUCAGAGUUACAUUUUAUUGAAAAUUAUUUUGAGAAUAGCUGACGCCUACCCAACAGCAUUAAAUUACUGCAAGAAAAGUGGACUAGACAGAAAGGUAUUUAUUUGAGAAGGAAUGUGCUUUAGUGCCCACAUGUCUAGUCUGAAUUUCUGAAUUUGUCGUUGAAAUGCUUGCGCUUAAUACUACGGUAGACGAUAUGUUGAAAUGGAGUUGUCUACCAGCAACUUGGCACAGUUUUCAACAUUUUCAAACUUACUGAUUGAUAACAUUCGUUUUGUUACACAAAAACGCAGGAGAAGGAGUAUUUUUAUGGAAAAAACACCAGUAAAUUAUAUCAAGUUGGCCCACUAGAAUGGUCGGCGCAUAUAUAAAACAAAUCUGUUAAAUGGUAGCGCAUAUUUGAUGCGUAACUUUAAAUUUAGAAUGACGGCAAAGUACAAGUAGAAGAUAAAAUUUACCUGUUAAUGCCGAAGAAUUUGUCAUUUUAAAGUGAACUAGCAGUUUGAACUCAGUUUCACAUGGAAAGGACCAUUUAAAUGAGGAAGUCAACAGAAACUAGGGUAUAACUCUGCCUCUACUUCACUCCUACAAGGCGCCAUACUCGCCCUUGGCUGAGCUUCCGUCUCGUCACAUGUUCAAGCGAAAAUUCAGACAAUGGGUCCUUAGGUAGUCCACGUCGGUUCUGCUGAUUUGGUGAGUCCAUAUUAAUUCACUCACAGCUCCGGGAGCAGUGCACGGGGUGCCCACGUAGGGUCACACCACUGAGGUCGUUCCGCAUGCCUUGAUGCACGUGAUGGUUGCUCCACUCGGACCCGGCUCUCAUCUAACGGGCCAUAAAGUUGAUCUUUGUGCAGCAGGCACUGUUUCGAACGAUAGAGCAUACCACACGACGGUAGCCGGUGAAAAAUCCCCCAUGAGAUUAAUCUAUGUGUGAAAUCUUACUGAGUAAAUCGGUUUUAAAAAAGUUCUCUAAUUGCCGAAUAAUUUGGAGCCUGAUCAGUCGUUGCACUAGCGCUUAGUGAUUUCAGUCCACAAGGUGCAUACGUUUCGCGUAAAGAAAACCACAUAUUGUUCUAUGCCUUAAAAAGAUAUCAUAUAGAGUCCAUAAAAUGUUGUAAUGGAUGCGGACUAUGUCGUGCAUUUCCCGACGAUCUGUGAUAAACGGGCAGGUAUGAUGCGCGGUCUUAACAAAUAUCAUAAUAAGAAACCUUUUUAAAACCUAAUUAUACUCCUUCUUCGAAUACAAACUAUAAAAAUGACGUGGUUCUCUAUCAAACGACUGAAGAGAAUCAUAGUUUUCUUCGUGGUUUCUAUAAAAUAUAGUUGAAUUUGCAAGCCCAUCGAAAAUCAAUGCGAAAAUGCAUGCUACUUAAGUAGUAUUUUUUUUUUACCGCGUACGGCUUUUACAGGAGAUCGAGAAGCAGUGUUUUCAAAAGCUAAUAUCUUGCCGAGUCCAAAAUGUUAUAGGAUUAUGUCUCAAGGUAGUCAGUAUUACAACCGCGCCUAAGUAAUCCUUCCUAGUCGAAAACGCAUUUCAGAAUUUCAGCCAACAUUUCAUGAGAUCUCUCACUCACUGUAUAUGUGAAAUCUUGCUGGGAAAAUCGGGCUUAACCAGUCGUUUUGUUGCCUACUUAGACAGAGACCUUAUGCUCAAUAAGUCCUUGUUCUUCACUCCAGCCAGGGACGUUGUGCAGAGAGGAUGACACAUAAUACUAUAGGCGAUCCAGACUUAGCCGGCUUACUUACCUAGCCAAAGCUGUGACCCAUAGCGGAAUUUUACAGCUGCCUGGGGUGUCUAAGCAGCUCUUAUUUAGGAAGAACUGUUUACCUUCUCGCGAAGGACGGGGCUACAAAGUGUCUCCCCCCCAAUAAAAGCGUUUAUACACACGCCCUCUGCAAGUUGAUGGACUUACGAGCGCCAUCUACAUGGCUGAAAGAAACGAGCCCUGUUCCCGCCUUGACCGUCACGGCAUAGGUUAUUGCAACGCCAACAGACUCCGGUUGACGACCUACACCGGACACAAAGUCCUCGUAACUAAUACCAUCUUUGGGCUCGUCAGGAGGCGUGAGCAGCCCAAAGUGCGCGUUUCAGGAACAAUACACAGGGCCGAAUACUAAAUUAAUAAGUGCCUAGUUUUCGCCGAAAAGAAGCUGUGAGUCCAGCCGCAGAGAAGGGAAGAUGGUACUAACAAAGUCGAACGCGACAGUAUUCAGUCAGGCUCAAUGCGGGUAGGAAAUAUCUAAUGAAAUGAGCACCUGAAUAAACUACCUUUGAACCCUGGAGGCUAAAGACCUUAGGUAAACUGGUCGAAAUUUUGGGAUAUCGUUAACAUCGCUGUUCGGGCUCACAAAAUACCACGACUGGUUCGAUGACAGCGACGACGGAGUAUAGCGAGUGAUAUCUCAAAAAAUUAACCUCACACGCCUUGCAUGAGUGAAAGCACAACUCAAAGCAAAGUCGCAAUCUCACAAUGCGCUCUACAAGCGCUAAAGAAUCCAAAAGAACUGGCAGAAGAUUAGGACAAACUAAAUCUAUGGAUACGCAAAUUGUGGUGAAAUGAAGAAAUUCACCAUGGUUUUCAAGAUAAGACAGUCUGCGAAAUUAGGAUGUCGCAAACAAAUGUCGCCAACAGUCAACCGCUGUCAGUGUCCGCUACAAACCCUUUUUGACCGCAGAUUGCGUUCCUCACAUUUAUUUGGUAGAAAAUAGUCCAUUUGUAAAUAUACGUUGGAAACAAUCUGGCACACUCUCAACACACGACAGUUCAACCGUCGUGAACGAAGGCGCCCACCGUGUGUCCCAGAGCAUGGUGGACACAGGAUGGCAACACUCACGUGAAUGGGCUCAUAGUGAUAGCAGAAUUGUGUGGCAUCUACCGCACUUUCUCUUUCCUCGGUCACCGGACUCCGAUGACAAGACCGCCGCAUCAAGACGACUGGAGGUGGGCUUGGACGCAGUGGCUGACAAAGCUAAACAGCCCGUUUAGGCAUGUCACCCCCGAUCUGGUCCCACAGCGCAUGCCAGGUUUUCGUGAGGGCAGCUCGGACCUCACAGGAGAAUGAAUGUCACACAGGUCACAUUCAGAAGGAGCCAUUGAGUCUGACUGUCAUUCCUGCGUAGAACCCAGUUACAGCGUAAGCUGCCUACCUUCCAAGCCAGGAAUUUUAGCGCUUCGCGGUAGACUCGGGCGCGUCAGGUUUACUAUAGACAGAAGUGAGUUGAUGCGUCGCGGAAAUAGGUUAUUCGUCGUCGUUCUCACUCUCUCCUCCCUCUCUCAUGCACCAAGCAUCUGUCCUAGCCUGCCAUUCAAACGGUGCGAGAAUGAGUGCGGCAACUGACGUGGCGUAAAGGCCUAUGUCUAGGCGUGCCCUCACAUGUAGGGUGUAUUACAGUAGUUAUGGCCUCACGCGGACUCUGCGCAGCCCGAUUAACGCGCGCAGUGAGGCCGUCUGGCCCAGUCUUGGUUCAGUGCAUCUACAGCUCAGUUCCCUGUGGGGAGCUCGCGUCACACGCGUAUUAGGCAAAAAUUAGGGCGCAAAGCCAAGUCAUGUAAGGGCAAAAUUGAUUAGAUUUGCCGAGACAUUAAAUUGUAAGGUACACACUACCCAGCCGGCUAUCUUGUUGAAAAUAUGAUUUUAGAAGUUUGCUGACAGACUGCUUAGUUCAAUUUAAGCGAUCUACCGUGAGUAACUUUGGUUGACAACGGGUUGCAUGAUAAGUGCGGAAGCUGCAUAUUCCAACUGAUAAUACUUCAAAAUGCCGGUUUAUGCUUCUUGAUGUAUGAAAGCCUGUCCUGCCUGGUUCCGUAUAUCAUAAUGGUGUUUGUGGUCGUCGGGUGGGAAUGAUAUCUGUCAAUUACGAAGCUAUAGGAGGAGCCAAGUGCGCAUGUCUUUGAUCCCCAUUGAGGGACACAUUCAGUUUCCUACGCGGAAAGUGCAGCAGCUGGGAAAGCGGUAUGACAGAGGUUUAUUUGUUUUAAUGCCAUCGACAGCAGUUACCUGGUAUUCCCAACAUUAUAGUCAAUAAAUUGAGUUCGAUUUCCGGAUAUUGUGUCACGCGAAUGACUUAAAAAACCAUGAGUCGUGGUAUCGUCUCUUUUUAGCUGAAACUGUUUAUUACUUUUGAGUUGCUACCGUUAGCAUUUGAUACGCAGAGGGAUACUUCCUUUACGCUCUAAUUUGCCGUCAUUCGCGUCUCGAGAAUUCCAUGCACCCAUAGCAAUAGUAUGAGUGACAGCACGCUCCCACGUCCGGCCAUCGAUUGCAUAUCCAUGCUACUGACAAAUCUGUGGGUCUGCGCUCUGCUUCUAUAUCAUUAACGGUUACUUUAGCAAAUGCUAAAAUGUGCUAUCUAACUGAACUUCGAAUCGUCCAAAUCGUUUUCUUAAGGGAUUUCCAGACUUAACACACCAGUCUUCCUGUUAGGUAUUGAGACUGUCAUCCUUGGCUUGGCUAGCGGGACUUUUAAUUCUGAUUGGACUUGUUCUCACAAAGAAGACCUCAGUGUUCGGUGCGGACGCAACAAUUAGCUACUCAUAUGACUUAUGAGCCCGUACGUCCGCAAUUUUCCUAUUUUGCUUUAAAUAAGCACUGCAGUCCCAUUUAUCUAAAGCUCCCAUUUCGUGAGCAGAAGUACUUUCCAGGAUAUUCCAGCUUUCAGUGCCUUUUGUGACACUCUAGUUGUCAACCUGCUCAGCGGGUGUUUCACCCAAAUCCAGACUCAAUAUCAUUAUAAAACAGUAGCGAGUACUUUGGGACGGCCACAACGGAGGUAAUGUUUUACACCAGCUAACAUAUGGGUAUUGCUAGUGUACGAAGACUGUGUGGGGUGAAUCGAGGUUAAUGAGGACUUGUGAGUGAGGGCGUUAUGUCUGGAGAAAGCCAGAAAAAACUACUUGCCCUGAAGGCACAAGGAUAGAAACUGUCAAGGUUUCGUCCUCAAGUGUAACAUUUAUCUCAAUUUUCCUGACAAUGUAGGCUGCUUUGUCAACCGGGACUCAGAGACAGAGUCAGGUAUUUCCUCGACUGACUUCUUUUAUCAUUAUACCGUCCGGUUUUUGAUCGUAGUCAAUUUCGAAAAAUAAGGUUCACUGGGGAGAGUUGAUUACCAAGAAAACGAGACGCGCUAUAUAGCCAGACGAGAUCUUUAAGACUAAUAAUUUAAAAAUGGACCGGAUUAGAGAUACACGUUUUUACCUAUGGCAAAUAGCCAAGCUCAUGAAGGCAAGGCGUCGGCUAGAAAGGAUUGUAUAGGCGAGGUUGCAAUGCUCAUUGCCAUGUACGAUAGUCUAAGGGUACUUCAAACACGCAUUAACGUCCACUUAUGAAUUGACAAGUUACUUGGUGGGAUUUUUGUCCGUUAUGUUUACAUGCUUGUUCAAUUUACCCACAUUUCAUGACAGUGUGCUCAAGAUUGUCUUCUCUCUUAUGCUCCUGUUGCAUGAAAAUGUUUUUUGCAAAUUAUGGCUUUGAAGGAGUUGUAUAUUUCGGUUUAUAGAAUAGCUUGCAAAGAAGAGAAAUGUUCAGACGCUGACCCGCCUAAUAAAGUAGCAUCGAAUUUUGAAGUUUUUAAAUGCCGUAUUCAGAACUGUCAACGGGAUCCAUAUCUAAUGCAGAUUUUUGAACCAUAAAAACAGCUUUUUAAAGGACAAAGAAGAUAAAUGACUUCUUUAAAAUUACGUUAGCAAACAUUUGAGACCAUCCUUCCUUCAAGAACAAAGCUGGGGGAAGACGUAGGUAAUAACAAAAGGAAUUAUGAUGAAUUUUGCAUAAAUAUUCCCAAAGAAUUAUCGUUAUAUGAAUUAUGGUAUAUAGCUAUGUAUCACGUUGGAUUAUAUGUUCCGAAACUGCUCCACGAGAAUGCGAUGUAACUUUUCGGAUUUUGUAUUAGUCGAGAUGAGGUUGGUAAAAGCGAAGGGGAUGCUACUUGAUUUCGCAAAUAGGGACGUUACAGGGGUAAACGUUUUCAUUAAAUCACAUGUUGAGUGCCCUGUCAAUGACUAAGUAGUUAGAAUGGAAUUAGCAGAUGCAAUCGUAAGCCAACAGCUCUCUGUGUAUCAAGAGGUCAUUUCUUCGGUAACAUUACUGUCUGGUUUUUGGCGAAGGUAAGCUAUGAUUGGUUACAGGACGUCCUUGAAUUGUCAACGUAUGCUCGGCGGCCUUUAGUGUUCUCAAUCAACUGCUCGAGAAGACAAGUGUUGUGGUUUGUUUAAACAAAGAGACUGCCUGAAGGCAAUAGUACCGAUUUUAGGGUUUGAAUCCACACAUAAACAAACAUAAGAACUUUUAAAAUUGACUAGACGUCUGAUUUCCUAAAAAUAAUGCGUUUGUUCACAUCUCGAAGACCGAAAAAGCAAUUUGCGUGUGUGCCAAGGUUCGUUUGAUAAAGCUCCCCAGUUUAGAUUACUCCCCUAAGAAAGCGCGCUUUGGUGCGCGCCUAAAUUUAAGGCAACGUCUAAUUUGGCUGUUAUUGGUGGACUUUUUCCCGAAAAAAAACGUGCUUAGAACCAUAUUAAACAUAAGAAAGGCACUUUUGUGGAACGGGUUAUGUGCAUGCAUAAAAUAACGUUUUAGACGCCAAAAUGAUUAUCUUUAUUACCGCCGUCUUGCUUCUAUUGUCGCCAUUUUUCCAUGUCCCAAACGUUGGUCGGAAUGACCUUAGGUCGAAGUCCCAGUCCAGGUAAUUAUUUGGCUUACUUACCACCGGUCGAAUCACCGUUUCAUACGUGCUGUCUGCCAUAGUCAGAAAUAUUCAAAGGAACAUGUGAGGUGUUCAGUUAUCAGAUACAAUUACGAGAGAAGAUACAAAUGUUGGGCGCAAGUAGUCACUCCACUCUGUCAUGUCUUUUCCGAUAAUAAACGCGACAGAAAAGGGUUUCAGACAAAGCUCAUUAAGUCAGUAAGUAAAAUGCACAAUAUCAGCGGUACCCCGGAGUGACCAUAUGGGUUUCGUCCUUCAUAUUUUGUCAGUUUGGUCACCUACUGGAACUUCGAUAGUGCUUUCAUGGGUUGUUCGUUUCCUUCAGUAACCCGCCGUACUUUCAUUGUCGUAAAAGUUUUCGUCAGUGGUGAGGUCUGACCCAGUUUUCAGUGACACCCUCCAUGGGAGGAAUUUGGGAUGUCUAAAUUACUCGACCUGUUGCAUACCAGUUGCCUCUAAAAAACACAAAUUUCGAGUUUCUCUCAGCUUCAAACUGGUUUCUUCUCAUUUUUGGCCCUCAUAAUAUGUGUAACUUUUUUCCAAUUUUAAAUGAUUUACUUUCAUUUGGCUGGUUUUAGAGCAAACUACGGAAAAAUCCCAUAUGUACUACUCAUAGUAGUGGAAUCUGAGAUUAAGGAAACCCUAAACUACCCAGCUCUUUGCCCCUAAGACAUAACUAGUAAAGUUCACUGAACCAAACUGUUUUAUCAACUUUUGGGGAAGACCGAUCAAAUUCGUCCUCUAAUCGAUACCAAGUACUAAUUUUGUGAUUCCGUACUCCAGAACCAGUGAUCACAAGGUCGAGUCAGCACAGUAAAAUAGAAGGAAAAAAGCUGCAAAAAUUUGGCCGUAGUUUAAUUUUUUCUGGCAUCAUUGAUUUUGCGUGACUUUUUAUCGUCUAGAGCACGAUGGUUUUACGUCAUAUGGGGGAGCGGGGGGGGAGAUGGUUGUCACAAGUCUGCUAAGCACUCAGCAGACACUUUCAAGGCCGCUUAAUUAAAGACAAACAUAAUGAUUUUGAAAAUAUAACGGUCAUUAAUCCUUCCUGUUAAUAUCGCAUGUUUUAGGUCUCAGGCAGUGGUGGCGCGAAGGAUCAAAAUCAGAACACUGCUGAAGUCGCGCAUCAUGAGGGUCCCCUGGUGAUGACCAGUCGGUUGACUGCCGGUGAUGCGGACGGCAUGGAACUGUCAGUUGAACUUGACGUGGGCCUUUUUUUGCGAAAAUGGUUAAACAAACUCGGCGAUAUAGACGUGGAAAAUCUGGACGUGUCGAGGAACAAGCGAAGCUCUUUGCGACGCUCGAUCCGUGAUCACAUAAACGAGUCGAGCAAGCGGCAUGAAGGCAGUCUCGGUAAGACUGUUUAUAAUUUUAAAAUUACUUAGACUUGACAUCGUGAGGCAGAUAGUAUGCAUCGGAGCUAAGAAACCUUUAAAGAAAAGUUUCCGAUAAACUUGUAGAUGGAAAAGUUUACCCAGUUUAGUUUGCAAAACCAGUCAGCGUGGAACAUAACAUCAUAAUGAAUGGUGCAAAAUAUUAUUCUGACGAUUAGUAUUGUUUCGAUAAAAACGUAUAACGUGAUCCAUACCUACUAUAACAUUCUGGGAGUAGUAGGACACCAAUUCAGCAUAAAAUGGGGGAAUAUAUUAAUUUUUCUAUGAUAAAGUUUGUGGCCAUUUAUGAGAAGACCCCAAGAAAAUGUGAAAGCGCAGGUUGUGUCUUAGAGUCUACAAGUACAGGUAUUAGCAAGUAUUGCAAAUCAGGAUACACGUUUCCCUCAUGUAGAAAGCUUUACCAGAAUGUUUAUUCCCACAACGUGAACGCAAAGAUGUCAAUUUUUAUAUAUCCUUUCUAAGAAACGUGAUUGUAGUUAACGGUGAUCGAACUUAUAUAAAAAACCACAUACUACUUAAACAGUGAUACCUUUGGAAGUAUUUUGUACAGGUAGCUGUAAGGGCGCUCAAUUAAAACCGGACAAGCUAAUACGCGUGAAUUUACUUGGAGGUGUGUCCUUCGUCAACUAGUUGUUUCAAAAGUUCCACCAACGUUUCCCAAUUCCACACAUGCGUAGAACAUAUGAAUGAAGCCAGAAUGAGAAGCGGGCGUUUAUUACACUUUCCAUGUACUGUCCACGAGUUUUCAGUGCUCUAUCAAAUAUUGCACAUUUGACUAUGACAACCUUCUUAUCCGACGUUGAAAGAUAAGUUCUCAGACACGUACUUGAUUAAAGGCAGACGGGGUCAAUAGUCUACAAUAGCUAAAGUAGUGAGACGAGCGACAUCGUUAGUAAGAUAUCUCGAAGGUGCACGCCGAGUCAACACGACAGUUCGACGGUCGACUUCGACAAUGUUCAUCCUGUGCCCCAGAGAAGGUUCGGGGGCAGUUAUCUGAUGCGUGAAUUAGGCGCCGGGACUGACAGAACUAAACAUGGCUGGAUUCCGUGGGAUUCGAACCCACGACAGCAAGAGGAGGCCUCACUAUCGCCGAAGCUACGAGGCCUCACUGGUAGCCGUGAUUUUAUUCGAAUUUGGGUAAAGUUGGUCGCCCAGCCUGCUGCGAUCUUUGGAAUUCAGCAAGUGUGAUGCAGUAACCUGACUGCUCAAGCAGGAUUUCCUAAGCAGUAAGUCUAAAAUUCACCAGAUGCCUAGAGCAUUGACUGUACUCAAACCUCGUCCUUGUUGUCAUGGGUUUGAAUCCCACCGAAACCUCGAAGUUUUCACAAUUAGGCCAAAUGAAUCAGUCAAAUCCGCCACAAUACCAGUUAACACCAGGUUUUCAUGCAAAAUGGGUGGGCAGCUCAAAUAUCACUGUCGUGAGAGUGCCAUAGUGGUCACAUUAAAGUGAAGGCAUCGUGGCCUGAACCUCAGUUUACCGGCAGUCACUGCACACACAUACACAAUCCUGGCCAAGAGGUCUGCGUUUUGGCAACAGUUGGCAACCUUCCAAGUUCCAACGUUUAUUACGCCGUAAUAGAUUCAAACGUUAGGUUUAUUAUAUGAAGGAAUGUGUUGCAGCGUCAAGUGGACAGGGUCACCAGAAUCGUCCUCACUCUCUGUUAUAUCCCCCAACAGUAUGACGCCAGUUCUGCGCGCAAUAAAAGACAGACAGGAUACCAGAGAACAGCUUUAUUGUGUCAGUCACUCUGUGUACAUCAACUCUUAAUCCUUCCGUCUGUGACUUCGUACCUAGGGGUUCAGCCUUCGUCUGGUUUGCGUGCUCCUACUGGUCCAGUCCUGAACGCGUUGCUGACCCCUGCAGGUCGCGCGUGACUCAGCGGCGUGCUAAUGUCUGGCUUGCAUAUAGGCUUCCUAGGCGAGGCUGUCCUGUCGGUUUGCAGUUCUUUGUCAGGCGUGACCUCCGGAUGACAGGAACGAUGCCUCCUGUUCUGGGCCCUCCUAACACUCUCUUUUCUCUCUCCUGUACACCGGUCGACUCUCCAAGCCUGCCAUCCAUCUGGUGCUGGUAUUGCACGCAAUGGCUAACGGAGUUGCAACUGCCCGUCUACCUAUGACACACACGGCUUGGUUUUGUUCUAGGUUGCGCCAAGAAUUCUUCUGCCACUUGCAUGAGAGGUUCCUGUUGUGUGCCUGCGGUGGAUGAUGUGGGACGGGAUUAUGUGCGGUCUAUGGGCUGGUGGGGAGAUGUGCAGUAAAAGAGUUUAGCCUGUGGUGUUCUAUAACAUGCUUUCAUGGAGCCGCAUAUGGCCGAGUAGGCUCUAUGCAGUGACUGAAUGUCCGCGUGCGGAGAGGGCAGUGAAGGUGGGUGCGCCUAGUGCGUGUCGGUUCGCCAAUCUCAGUAUGAUAGAUUCGCAAAUGACCGACCAGGCCGACGCGUGAUGCGAGGGUGAGCUCACAAUGACGACCGGUUGUGAUUGGGUUCGCACUAUUGAUGGCGGGGACGGCGGUUGUGGGUACUAGGGCGUUGGGAGUGACGGCAGUCGCCGCCGUCGAUGCGAAGGUUAUGCCGGUGAUGAUGAGGGCGGUGGUGGGCAGCGCCAGCGCGUCGGAAGUUUGUUCCUCUCUAUUGCUUGUCGUCGUGGACCUCGUUAGGAUUGCUGUAAGGAUGACGGUGGAGGCGUUUUCGUAGGUAGUAGGUGGACUUGUCGUGUUGUUAUAGCAUUGGGUCCGAAGAUGUUCAGUUAGACCAAUCCGUACGCGGAAUGUCCGUUGACAGAGGGGACACGAUGAGGCACAGAUAGGUAGUCCUGACAAUGCUACUCUACAGGGCGGAGAUAUGGGCCGCCUACGCCAGCCAAGACAGAAAGCUGAACAAUUUCCACCUUAGCUGUCCUCGGAGAAAACUAAAGUUUAAGUGACAGAACGGGAUCCAGAACACAAACAUACUGGGUAGGACCGGAGUCUGCAGCACCCUCACUAUGCUGAGGCAAAUCUAACUGCCCGGGACGGCCACUUUGCAAGGAUGGAUGACGAAUGCCUGCCCGAGCGACUCUUCUACGGCGACAUCGUAACAGGUGCUUGACAACAUGAAAGUAAAAGGUGACGCGAAAGGAUGUCCUGCAGUCAGUCCUCUUUCAAAGAUCUGAAAAUAAAUCCAGAGACCUGGGUAAACCUUGCCCAGGAUCGGCUGAUCUGCAGAAUAACAGUAAAUACCGGAGCAGUAACCUGUGAAUCCACUAAUUCUAGCUUCUUGUGAGGCGUCGUUCUCUUUGAAACUCCCGGUUCCGAAUAUCACUUUAGUAGUGCGUAUGCAACUGCUUCUCACCGAUACCUCACGUAGGAUUGUCCUUUUCGAUUGAGGCGCCUGGCUCCCCAUCCUUUCGGUUCCUUUCUUCCACAGUACUUUUUCGUAGAUACGAUGCAGUUAUUCACCUUUGUUUCGGUCCCUUCAAGCGCUGUAGAUCUUUCUAGCGUUAAAAUUCAUUGCCUGCAAUGCUGAAAUCUCACCUUGCUCGAUAUCCGCAAGCAAUUUACCUCUAGGCAUUCAUAAAAUCCGGAAACUGGCCAAAUGUCAUCGAUCUGACGCACCGAUCGAUUUGCGCGUACGGUUCACCGUCUUGUUUCCGCCUAAUUGGUUGACAGUGAUAACAACAUCAAAGUUAGCACAACGUCACAUUCAUAGUCCAGAUGCAGGGAAACGAUGGCAUACUACAUGGGCUCAUAAUCAUGGGAUAGCCAUAUUUUGGACCUCAUUAUUACAGGACCUUAUAAAAAACAAUUUCAUGAUAAAAGGUGUCCGCGCUAAUAUUAGUUACUUUUACUCUUUCCUGUAGAAAAUCGGAUUGAUCUGUGUAAAACUAUCGAAACUAUAUUAAAGAGACAGUUGUGCUGUCGCUCGGAGUUUUUGUAUCGAUGAUGUAGUCUGACCUGUGCAUGCAUCACACCGCAGGUCAGACUGAGCAUUGACCCGGAUGACAUUUUGCCUUGUUUUCAAAUUGCUCUUAGGACCAUUAAAAGUCUGGUCGCUAUGCAACGUCUCGCGCUAACGUUGGCUUACUUUUUCAGUCUUUUCUUAAUGGAUCGGAUCUCAAGCGCCUCCGCAGCACCAUCUCUCUUACGCUUUUUAAGUCAAGAUGUGGGCCUAGGGCAAGAUCUUCUCUUAAGUCACAGGCCUUUCUGGAAGCAAAAUCGUCGAUACUAAAAGGUACAGACAGCAGUAGAAUUUCGACGCUGUGUUGCUUUGAGAAUCACCGAAAAAGAACAAACCACGACGGAUAUUCUGAACUUGAAAACGCCUGCAUUGCAUAUUUCGCCGAAAUUGCAAUAUUUGACAUCAAUAGAACCUCAAAAUCUCUCAAUACGGCUGUCUCUGAAGACGAAACCGACAAAAGACAUCAAAACUCGGGUCACGAUUUCUAGCAUUGUCGACGCUGUCCAACUCUGGUAAGACUAGGGGGCAGAGUUUCCUUUGAAACCAAGGGGAACGCAACAGGCAUUAGUGUUGUACAUUCAUUUCACACUAUCGGGGUGUGAGUUUGGAUGGGGUAGCCAUUUCACAGCAAGUAAUCUCAUCCGACCGAGAGCCUCACACCAUCAUGACCACCCGGCGAAUUGUUGUGAUGCGGUCUAAAAGAGGAAGAUCGGACAAAACUUCUGUCACGGAAGUCCACGAAGUUCUUGCUUCUUCUACUCAAAGUUACCUUGAAACCGUUCUCGAUCUUUGGGUCUUAUCGACAGUUCGACCGUCGUACCCGAUGAUGUCCACCGUGUGCUCCACCGCAAGGUGAGGCAGGCACGAUGACUUGCGCGUGAAUUAGCUUACAGAGAGAAUAGAAUACCGCAGCAUCUACCGCACUCUCUCCUCCCUACCUGAGCCUAGUACCAAGACAUGGUUAAGAAGACCGAAGGCGGGAGAGGCACAGGUCGCUGGCCCAGCUAGACCUGCACUUAGGCGUACCACCGCCCCCCUGAUCCACAACAAACACUUGACUAGAAUUUUAACCAGCAACAGAACCACAACGGGUCAGAAUGAGGAGGAUGACUGGGCUGUCAUGCUCACGACCUGUAUACCCAGUGGGAGCGCGAGCGCAUCUACCGGCAGGGAACCAGGUGUCAGAGAACUGUCAGCGCGAGGGCCAUGGUUUACUGAUGCUGGCGUAGCGUACGCUUUCAGACCUUUUGACCUAGAAGGGCGACACGUAGCUCAGCAUUUAGGUUGGGUAACCAGACAGUCGUCGACAGAUAAGCACUAUCCACAAACACACAAACUCUCCUCGCACGCAUGAGAGCGUCACAGAUCGCUUGAGAAGGGGCCGUGACAGCCUGGCUCUCAGCCAAUCAGUCCGUCAAUACACACAGCAGGGCAGACUGCGUAGACUGAGUUGGGGCGUCAGUCGGCAGCCUUCCGAGCCACGGUGCUCGACACACCGUCUUCGUCUGAGACUCCGACCACACAUGCAGCAGAGGAGCCGCAUGGAGACGGAGCCGAGACGCACCCUUCCCACUUGCGUGGGAGGUAACAAUCGGGUGCUUGCGGUUGGUCAUGUUGAUGUGCGGUGAGAUACUGUUGAGGGAGGAUGUGAUGGUGCGGUGCAGGCGGCGGUUGUCUGCGCAGGCUUACGUGGACACGCAUGUGGCCUAAUAGACCCAUGCGGUGAAUAAAUGUGCAAUGUCGACAGUGGAGACGGAUGUGGCGAGUGUAGAUUGGUGCUUCAGUCACUGAUUCGUCAGUCUGUGCGAUGGAUCCACAAGUGACCGACCAGGCCGAUGCGUGAGGUGGAUGUAUGGGACAGUGUGGACAUGAAAAAUCGGCAGUAUCAGUACCAGCCUCGGUGAUGAUGAUGGUGGAGCUGGUGGUGGGCGCGCAGUCGGACGAAGAUGGCUGGGCAGCCAUGCUUACGACCUGUGUAACCAGAGGGAUCACAAGCGCAUCAACCGGCAGGGCAUCAGGUUCCAGAGAACCGCCAGCGCACACCAGGUUGCCAUGGUUCGCUGAAUCAUGACAUACCAGAUGCUUUCAUGACUUGAGACCCUAGAGACGUAUCACAUGUUAUUUGACUGUAUCCAUAAAGUUAUUCCGAAAAGUAGGCAGAAAUGUUUCUUCUUUUAACUUGACCUAUUUCUAUGCCGUGUCAUGAUUUAGAGGCUCCCGAGGUGUCCCCGCAACGACGCUCGUCGCGGGUUUCACUAAAUUUGGCCAGAGGACUUCAUCAGAAUGACGAAGACUUCUUCCACGCCAGGGACACUUUAUCUGGAAACCAGACCCGACGGGGUUCUGAGUGUUUGCGACCCUGGACUUCACUGCAAGAUGAGGAGGCCCUUCUGCUACCGGGAGAUUUCAGUAAUGACAGUACGCCGUUCUCCCACCUUCUACGCCGAGUAAGCGAUGGAACAACAGAUGUCCUUGUCCAGUCAGUCGAUCUGAUCUCCUCGGGCUCCACUUUAUCAAUACCGCUUUCUGUGAACGCUCCCAGACUGUCCGGCGGACAGAACACCUCAAACGAAUGUAGCCGUCCAGUCGGAACGGAAGGCUUCCGCAUUACUGCCUCCUGUCAGCCAUCCUACCUGCAUCCCUACUUGGGUCCAUCUGGUACCGUGAGACAGUUCAACUCCGUUUCGGAGGGAGGCGAUUUAAAGCACCUCAAUAGGAAAUUUCACGAGAAUGAGGUAGUGGUGGUAGGUCCCCCGCCCCACUGCGAGUCUUUUGACACUGAGGGACCUACUCAGGCUGACCCACUGUCAGUAUCGGACAAGGAGGAGGAACUCGAAGCACCCGCUCGCAGUUGGACACCAACUGCUCUCAAAGAACCCAUUACUGUGACACUUCAGCUGGAAUCCGAAAUGGCCGACAGCCUGGAACUGCCCUGCGAAAGCUGCGGUUUGGAGGCCAGGGUGUGUGACAGUAACUUCUUCCUUCCCAUGACCGGUCUGCUUCCUCUGUCAUGGUCACCACCGCCGGUGCUGACAACUCGUGAUGCAUUUCUGAUGCACCUUACAUACCCCCAGGAUGAGACCCGUCGGUCGGCACCUGUGGCGACUGCCAGCCCUCGAAUGGCUCGGUCGGUGGGCCCGGACACCAGGCAGAGCAGGACACUGGAGAGGCAAAACUACAGGACGAGAGGACCCUGGGUUCAUUCGAAAAGUCGGACAAGAAAACCUGAGAAGGUAGAGAAGGAGGAUAGGAAGGCGAAGGGGAAGUCCCAAAAGCCGAGAAGCAGAAAGUCCAACUUCGUUGCUCUCAUUAGUCGUUUCUUCUUGGGUUCUGAUUCGUGUGUGUCAAGGCCCAGAAGAUCUGUGCCAGAGGACAGUUUGACAACAGACAGUUUCAGCGCGGUGGAGGCUCCGGGCGGAAUGUUGCAAGUCGGUUGUCAAGACGACAGAUGGUCACCCACGCCUGCGUCGCGGAGACCCUCCACUUACGGACAACGUAGUUGUCUGUCACCUGACGAACAGAAGGGGCGGGAGAGCGUGGACGAGGAAAGCGAACCAGAUCAGAACACUCAUAUGAGCGAGAGCCUUACAGCUGAGACCUCACGGAAGGAAAUAUCGAUGGAUGAAGCCGCUCCUCGCCAAACUUCGGGACUGUUGCAACCAGAAGAGGGGCGACUAUCCUCUCCACAAACACAGGGGACUUCCAGCACGAAUACGAUUGCGGAGGAGGGAACUUAUGCUGAGUCGCUGUCAGAUUAUCCUAGUAACGGGCCUCCUCGAUCAAAAAUCGGUCCAACAAAUGUAAGUCGCCUCUGGCCAGAGGGGAAAAGAUCAGAAGUUGUUGUUCGACCACACAUGCGAUCAGCCGAGCAGGCCAAUCUGAAGAGCACUGAAAGGGCGUUAGAGGACAUUUCUUCCAGUGAAAGCAAUAGUACUCAUUUUGAGAAUCGUCAACAACCACGCCGGCUCAGAAGGCAGACCAAAAAACGUGGACGACAUUCGGAACAGAGGAAGGUUGAAACUACUUCGGAGUCUUCCAGCUCCUCAGAUGAGUCCUUGAUAGGCGACGCCAAUUUUAUGAGCCGACAGAUCUACAAGCUGAAGAGCGCCAGCGAAAUUAUCAGUGCUCUGGAAGAGGAACUGGAGCGUGCCUAUACUCCUGGUAGCAGGCUCAGUAAUGACAGCAAGGUCACUAUCGGAGAGCGGGCCUCUUCCUCAAGGCCUGGGUAUAGCGCUCACUCAAAACGCGCUAGCAGAUCAGCAAGUAAGCAGAGUAUACCCCUGUGUGAUCCAACGCCCAUGCCGAUACCUAUGUUGCAUGCCCCAUCACCUGUUUCAGAGGCCGACCUGAUAAGAAGUGCCUGCCCCGCCUGCAGACGAACUCCAGAGUCCUCCCUUGCACGUAAUUGCCAAACAAACGGAUCGGCUUUUGUGGCUGGGAUUCCACCAGUUCCCAGACUACUUUCUUCUGCUUCCCGGGAGUCAGGGUUUCGACCUCUGCACUCAGUAUCCCAUCCCCCUGUUGGAUGCUUUCCACCAGUGUUCACUGGGCAGAACAGACAAUGCGCUUACAUCACCCCAGACCAAAGCUGGGGCCGCUGGGGAAACUGGAACAUGUCACAAGCUCAUAACAACUGAAAAAGAAGUCUCACUUCCAACGAGGAUGUUGUUAAAGCCAGAUUUCCUCAAUCAAUUGGCUAGAUGCGCUCAUAGCAUCUUCGUCGUCCUCCAUAACAUACAGGAACGAAUCCAUCCAACAUUUGUAUAGAGAGUAGGGGUUAGGCAGUUCUUGUGAUCUGUUCAAAUCUUUAAUUAUAUCUGGAAUUGAUGGCUGUUAUUUCACUGCUUAUUUACGCUGAAUUGUACCUGCAUGAAAACCUGAUUAUUGAUUCAAAAGAUGGUUAGGUACCGCCAUUUAUGAACUGACGUACCCAAGAGGUGCAGUCGUCUUCCUUUAAUUAGUGUGUAGGUAGUGUUAAUGAACUCGCCAUCUUUACAGUACUGAGAGUGAGACAAAGUCACAGAACGGCGAUCUUCCUAACAUUCUAAUUAGCCGGAAUACUCUGAAGGGUCUGCUUGGGCGGGCCCAGAAACUGGCUAUAACUUCAGCAAGUACUGAAUAUGUCGACCCAGAUAGAAAAUGGAACACAGAAUCGCGUGAAAUACGAGUAGGAUAUUACUAUUGGUUUCAUUAGUAGAGAAAACAGACACGACAAUUAACGGAAUCUGCGGAAGGCAUUGUCCUGUGUUUGUUUUACUACUCCAACUGGGUGUCCGAACUGACCCCGGAAUUUAAAAGACGCGUGUUGGGAGGCGUAAGCUGGCGGAAAACAGAUAAUCCGAGGUUAUUGGUUAAAGAAGGCGGGAUUGGGUGAGACGGUAUGCGGCAGGCAAACUUGACCCCUGUCCUAACUUUAGCCCCAACCCUUUUCAUAGCUUUAGCCUUUAAUCUGGUCCUAGCCCUAGACUUAACCUUAAUCCCAAAAUUUAAUUAAUUUUAAGCUUAUUCAGAAGGUAAGGGUGGGUGAUGUGUAAUCCCUAUAGGUUUACUAUGUAUAACUAACCAGGUCUUGCUUAAUUUAUUAAUUCAUAUCUACAGGAAGUCACCCAUCAAAUUUUAUCUAGCACACUGAUAUAACCACAACCACCGAGCUGUUUCAGUAUGACAUUUUUAGUGGUAAGUUAUCUGGCCUGAUUUGGCAUUCCGUUUUUGCCUCCCCCCCUCUGUAGUCUGUCUAUUCCAAAAGGGUGAGCAUACCUCUUGUGUCAUGGCUGUACUCACAAUGUAACGCGUGAUGCAAGGCUCGUCGAUUCCUUUUUGGUUUACUUUGCCUCAGUUAGAGCACAAACGCCCGACAUCCUCGAAGCCUGCAAACAAGUUCUGUUGUCGGACGUGUACGCCGUAACUCUUUUACUUCUUCGAAAAGACUAGCUUAACCUUCUUAUGCCAUGUCGACAUUCGCCAUACAACGCGUGCUGUCACUGUCGUCGUGUGUUUUGGUCUACAAUGCCUCGGUCAGGGCACAAACGCUCAGCUUCCAUGAUAUCUCCGAAUGGUUCCUGCUGUGCAAAGCGUGCGCCAUGGCUUACUUAGUUCUUCAAGAAUAAUUGUGCGUAGUCCCUCGCAUAACCAGUAAUAUGAAAGUUAAAUUCAGUUGAGUUUAUUUACAAGAGAGGUCGUUAAAUUGCAUUCAGGAAGGAGCCCUAUAGGUUUCCUGUUCGGGAAGCUGUUGCAUCGGAUUUGCUUCCGCAAUAUGUGACAGGGACAUUUCCCAUGCUUGCUUUAGAUCAACGCUGUCUAGGCUAAACCGCAGACGAUAUUGAACCCCGUCUAAAUGGGCCCAUAUUGCCCGAUGCGACAACGGAAGCACCAGUGCUUUCCUCCUUCGACAUUGGCCACACCGGAACACAUAUCCGUCGGUGUGCAACUUUACUACUUGCUGGCGCAUUUGACGUCCGCAAUGACAUUUUGCCACACGAGAUAGCAGUCCGCUUGGUUGGCAGUAUUCUGUCCCAUUCUUCGAGUUUAGAACUUCGGUUAUUUCCUUCGCUUUAAUCAGAAUGUCAAGCUGCGGUUGUCUGCAUUUUCUGAGACCUGAAGUCGAUUUUCUGUAUUUUAGAAGGAAAAAACAAGCAUUAGCACCUACCCUGUUUAUAAACGCAUUUCAUUGUCGUGCACGAACUUUAAACAUAAAUGCUUAUUAUCCUUAAAUUGACAUUUUGCAGUAGUCAGUUGACUUAUUAUGAAGAUACAAACAGGCGUUCAUAUUUACCUUGGUUGACUUUUCCCUCGUUAAUUAGGGUGUAUUUUCAUAGUUUCUCUAGUACUCAUGUGCAUUAUGGCACCUCGCACUUAUUACCCCAGUUAAAAUAUAUGGCACCUACCGUUCUUCUCUUCUAUUGGCUGUCCGUUCUAUUGGCUUCUGGGCUGUCGCAAGCUUGCAAGUGGCGAAUUAUUCGAUUACCUUCUAUUUAUUGAGAGUUGCUUAUUGUGUAUUUUUCAAUUAGCGCGCUCACUUCUGCUGCUAUAUAUGGGCGUAGAAAAAGAGUUUCAGCUGAAAUCUACCCACUUUCAGGUUUUGAUGCAUGCAUUUCGCUCUCCCCUACUCGGUGAUGCCUCACCCGUAAAACCUACAUUGCACCAUUCCCGUAUUGCACGAGCGUGGGGCUGCUGGUUGCAAAGUGGGAUUACACAACCUACCGUUGCCCGUCAGAAACGUAACCCUAAUACGACAUGCCUGCCAAAACCAAAUGAGCAAAAAUAUUAUAGAAAUAAAAACAACCAAGAUUGCUGUAGUGGUCGCAUGUUCAUUAAGUGACUGAUUUUAUGGGAUCGUGACUUUUAUGACUCUUUUUUAGUGGUAAGAUUAGGUCAGGGCCAAAAGUAUGGCACAGGGAAUUCGUACAGCCACUGUCUACGGCAAAUAAAACUGAACCUGAGCCUGAAGUAUACUGCUGACGAAAAGUCCUUCGUUUUCACUCUAGAGGCAAACUUUGUGGCUUCUUAUUUACUGCUUGUCAUCUACUUGCGGUAGGUAGCAUUGUUAAGACUCUUCUUUGAUUAGAACACCGUAGAAAAGUUUGCCCAAAUUGUAGUUAAUACUUAAACAGGGGGUGGGCGCGCUGGCCAGUAUUGAUCAAAAACGGGGAUGAGGAAUCGGUUAAUGGGCUAGUGCAAACACCAAGUGAACCAUAUUCAUUUGCUUCGAGAACUCCCCUAAGGAUCUGACAUUAAGCAUUCUUCAACGUCAGUGUAGAUGCUAAGUCGGGAUGUUUUAAGAGAGGAGCGAAAAAAAUAUGAAAGUGAACACUUUAAUCUUGAAACGGUCGACAUUUUCGUAAAAGUGUGCUCUCCGAUCGGUUUUGCUCAGGUAAAACGUGAAGAAAGCUACUCAUAUCGUUGAAUGCCACUGAGAGUGUGGACGGCUCUUAAGGAAGCAAGUUUUAUCUUGAUUUCGGCAUAUUAGUUUCGCGACAUGUCAAAAAUCGGACGAGAGACGGAGUGGUGGAUUGUUGAGACGACGACGACGACGACGGGUUGGACGGGGUGACUGAGCAGUUGGUAUAUCAGAAUGAGAAGAGUAAACUAUCUUCUAGAAAAUUCGACCGUGGAAAUGUCCGGCCUUAGUUGUGAUAUCCAAGACAAAGGCACUAUAUAUGCUGACGAUGGAUCAGAACGUGUAAAGAGCACGACUGGGGAUCCUUCUUAACAGGGUAGGAAAGGACUGGAAGGUGACGAUCAAUGACAAGUUGGAGAGUGUGGACGUCAACAAGUCCUCCGCUGAGAAGUCAAACAGUAACGUAAGCACCGGAGAGAGUACAUAGGUUUACGGAUCUUGGUGAAAGGGGAGUCAGCAUGAAUGGAUCACGAGAGACUGAAAGAAAUAAUGGCGCUAAAAAGUUGGAAGGGAGGAGUUUAUUUGGUAAGAAGAUUGGAAAACAUAAAAACCACUGGGUGAAAGUCACGAACUAAAAAUACUCUGAAUUUAUUCCUGCCAGUUAAUCCGAAGACCAUCUUUUGAUAACCAUGCGAAGACAUAACCCAAGUCCGCUUUGGGUAGUUGGCUGUCGCCUUCAUUCAAGCGGUGCGCAGUAACAAGGUCUUCAGAUUACUUAGCAACUAGACAGUCCUUGGGGGACCUGCUUAAAAAGCAUGAACUGACGGGUGGUGCUACCUUAGUACCCAACAUUUGCGUUCGGCGGAAGGGAAGGUAUAUGUUUAUAGAUAGGAGGAAUUGAGUUCGGGAAGAAAGGCUGCCUGCGAGUCGAAAAUCCCCGAUUGUAUGAGCCCCACCCAGCUAUUGUCUAAAGGGCAGAAUUGCUUGAAACAGCAAUGAAGCCAGAAAAAAAUCAAGAUAUUCACACCCGUGAGCGUUGAAGUCGCCUACUUUUGAAUUCAUAGGAGUAAAUAUGCACUACCACUGCUCGAGUAAUUUUUUUUUGCUUCUUACGCAAAUUCUUAGGUACCUGAGAGGUAAGAGAACUGGGUCCAGUGUGAACCUUCCAGAAAUCUUUACGUGAAAUGAUGAAGAAGCAGGGAAAUGUAAGGGGGGAAGGAACAUAAGUUUUGGUUUAUAAAGAUAGGAACUACUCGAGCAACGCGCCAAGCACCGGGCAUUUUUAAUUAAGUUAACUCUCAGCACAAAAAGAUUUAAGAAGAAGAAGAAUGAUGUCAUCAGAUAUUCCCCUAACUCAACGUAAACCUGGUCAGAACGAUCCCGGGCCUAGUGAUGAACAAUACACAACUCACCUUUCUCGUCAUCCAAACGAAGAAGUCUUUUAAAUAGUUGGGAGCACGUCUCGAGCCAUCUAUCACAUUCUCUCCGUCCUCACACUCCUGAGCCCGGUCGCAAGACAAAACCAGAACGACUGCAGACGUGAUCGAGUUUAGUGGCUGACGAAGUUAUGCUUGAGCCGAGCGCGAUGGACGAGAUUUUCACAGAGGCAAGGAGCGGUCGGUUCGGAUCCCAUCUGAGUGAAAUUGCCAUAGGGACCAUAUUAGGAAGAAGCCAUUGAGUCCAACCUGAGAAGUCCGAGUUAUCCCGUUGGGCAGCAGCCUUCCGCACCAUGACUUUUAGCACAUCAGGCUGUUUUAAAGCCCGUCAGAUUAUUCAUAGUGAGGGAUGUGCAUAGUGUGUUGUGAGGACGGGGUGCCUCAAUUUCUUCCUUCGCCCAGGCGCCAGUUCACUGUCCGAGACGGUUAGCCAUCUGAUGCUGGGAUUGGACGCCAGUGGCUAA